AUGUUUUACGAAUUUAGGCCGGUUUCUAGAAUCAAUUUCAAUGCGCGUAUUCACCAUGCCACUAAAUCCGCCAGCGCUACACGAACAAUUCAGAUCCAGCAAUCCGACUUCCUAAAGAGACAUGUCGUUAGGAAGAAAAGCAAGGUAUCCACCUCUUACCGCAUCUCAACACUCUUCGAGAUUGACGAGGAACGAGAGAGAAUGGUGUUACACGCCACGAGUUCAGAGAAUUUUGUGCCGUUCAUGGGUGGUCAAAAAAUCAAUCGACUACUGCAGGAACGGGGGACGAGUGAUUGCUGGCUUCAUAUCGAGGUGAUAUGUCGUCUUCUGAGGAAAGGCAGCGUAACUGUGAUGCUUGUUAUCACCCUGGUUCUUAAUCUCCCAAUUCCACCAGGCAAUCAACCAGAUGCACUCACUCAUCGGCCCGCCAACCUUGAAGACAAUAAAAUCUGCUUGAGUCGAGCAAGUUUUAAUGCCGCUCACCUUUGGUCCCAGUAUUUAGAUAUCUACGAAACCCAAGGGUAA